CGGCCAUUUCUGCUACGGCUGCCUGUAGUUGUAGAGUCGUCCUCGACUGCGCGCCGUCCCUCCUGCCGUCCCUCCUCCCCUCCCGCAGGGCCCGCGGCCGCCAUGGCGCACUAGAGGCAGCAGUGCCUGCGGCAGCGUUGGCCUUUGCAGCGGCGGCAGCAGCACCAGGCUCUGCAGCGGCAACCCUCAGCGGCUUAAGCCAUGGCGCUUUUCACGGCAUUCAGCAGCAGCGUUGCUGUAACCGACAAGGACAUCUUCGAAUUAAGCACAUUCCUCCAUUCCAGCAAAGCCCUUCAACAUGACCGAAUUGAGCUUCCUGAGCAGCAAGGUGUUGGAGGGGGACUUAAUGUCCCCCUUCGACCAGUCGGGUUUGGGGGCUGAAGAAAGCCUAGGUCUCUUAGAUGACUACCUGGAGGUGGCCGAGCACUUCAAACCUCAUGGGUUCUCCGGCGACAAGGCUAAGGCGGGCUCCUCCGAAUGGCUGGCUGUGGAUGGGUUGGUUAAUGCCUCAGACAACAGCAAGGAGGAUGCCUUUUCCGGGACAGAUUGGAUGUUGGAGAAAGUGGAUCUGAAGGAGUUAGAGUUUGGUACCCUGUUGGAUGUAGAUGACCUGGAAACCAUGCCAGAUGAGCUUUUGGCCACAUUUUAUGAUGCAUGUGAUGAUCUAUUUGCCCCCCCAGUCCAGGAGAGUAAUAAGGAGCCCCCCCAGACAGCGAACCCAAUUGGCCAUCUUCCAGAAAGAUUAACAAAAACUGACCAGGUCGCCCCCUUCACUUUCCUGCAACCCUUCCCCCUUUCCUCAGGGGUUUUGUCUUCCACUCCAGACCAUUCCUUUAGUUUAGAGCUAGGCAGUAUCUCUGAAGGAGAUGGGAAGCCAGACUCUACUGCUUACAUCACCAUGAUCCCUCAGUGCGUAAAAGAGGAAGACACCCCCUCAGAUAAUGACAGUGGCAUCUGUAUGAGCCCUGAGUCCUAUCUGGGCUCUCCCCAGCAUAGCCCCUCUACCUCCAGGGCCUCUCCAAAUAGGAGCUUACCAUCUCCAGGUGUCCUUUGUGGCUCUACCCGCCCCAAACCUUAUGACCCUCCUGGAGAGAAGAUGGUAGCAGCAAAAGUAAAGGGUGAGAAACUGGAUAAGAAACUGAAAAAAAUGGAGCAAAACAAGACAGCAGCCACCAGGUACCGCCAGAAGAAGAGGGCGGAGCAGGAGGCCCUCACUGGUGAGUGUAAGGAGCUAGAAAAGAAGAACGAGGCUCUGAAAGAGAGGGCAGAUUCCCUGGCCAAGGAGAUCCAAUAUCUGAAAGAUUUAAUAGAAGAGGUCCGCAAGGCAAGGGGGAAGAAAAGGGUCCCUUAGUUAGGGUAGUCACUGUUGUGUGCUUGUACAUAGGAGUCACGCUAAAGCUGUGUGUUGUAAUAAAUUAUUUUGUAGUGAAAGUG